AUGGACAUCGACAUCGCAGCCUUAUCUGAGCGCUGCAAGGCGCUGAAGGCCGAAGCUAUCUCGCUCCGCGCAGCGGGCGACAAGCAUGGCGCUCUCGCCAAAGUCCGAGAGAUGAAGGCGCUCCAUGCACAACUCGCAGAGGCGGAGGCGGCGAAGGCGGCGGCGACCGAGGCGGCAAAGGCGGCCGAGGCCGAGGCGGCGCGGGCGGCCGAAGAGGCGGCGCGCGCGGCGGAGGAGGAGUCGGCGCGGGUGGCGGCAGAGCAGGCGGCGGCCUCAGAGAAAUCCCGCCUCGAGGAGCAGGCUGCUGCGGAGGCGGCUGCAGCGGAGGCGGCGGCUGCUGAGGCGGCUGCAGCGGAGGCGGCGGCUGCUGAGGCGGCUGCAGCGGAGGCGGCGGCUGCUGAGGCGGCUGCAGCGGAGGCGGCGGCUGCUGAGGCGGCUGCAGCGGAGGCGGCGGCUGCUGAGGCAGCUGCAGCGGAGGCGGAGCGAGUACGCCUGGAGGAGGCCGUCCGAGCCGAGGCCGAGAAGGCGGCGAAGGAGGAGGAGGCGAGAGUGGCUGCUGAGGAGGCGGCGAAGGAGGCGGAGAGGGCGGCGGCGGCAGAGGCUGCUGCUGAGGCAGAGGCAGAGGCUGCUGCAGAGGCAGAGGCGGAGGCUGCCGCGGAGGCGGAGCGAGUACGCCUGGAGGACGAGGCGCGCGAGCAAGCCGAAGCCGAGGCGGCCGCUGCGGCGGAGGCGGAGCGGGUGAGGCAGAAGGAGGAGGAUGCCCGUCUCAGGGCGGAAGAGGAGGAGGCGGCGGAGGCGGAGGCGGAGGCGGAGGCGGAGGCGGCAGAGGCUGCAGCGGUGGCGGAGGAGGAGCGGGACAGUCUCGACUCGCUCGACCACCUCUUCGCUCGACCACCUGACGCUGAGGCUGCUGCGGCGGCGGCGGUUGCGGAAGAGCGCCUGUCCAACGGCUGCAGAGAUGGCCCCGCGCUCCAGGGUGUGGCGGAGGAGGAGCAGGAGCAGCAGGAGCAACAGGAGGCAGAGGAGGAGCAACAGCAGGAGCAGAAGCAAGAGGACGAGGACGAGGACGAGGGCGAGGGCGAGGACGAGGCGGUGGCAGCGGCCAUGGCGGCCGAGGCGACGGCGGCGGCGUGGAGGGCGGCGGCGGGCGAGAGGCGCGGCGGUUUUGAGGUUGCCGCGGCGGCCGAGGUGGCAUCUCUCAAGGCGCAGCUGUCCGAGGCAGAAACAGAGCUGGGCCGGUCGCGCGAGGCAGAGGCGGAGGCGCGUGCGCGCGUGGCCGAGGUCGAAGUCGAGCUCUCCGCGGCGGGAGAGCGCGGUGGCGCGGCGGCGGCGGCGCACGCGGCGGAACUGGAAGCGGCGCGGCUCGCCGAGGCGAACGAACGCUUGGUGGUGGCGGAGGCGGCGGCGGCGGACGAGGCGGCGGCGCGGGCGGCGGCGGAGGGCGCGACGGCGGCGGCGGCCGAGGCGGCGGCGGCGGCGGCGGCGGCGCGGGCGGCGGCGGACGCACAGUUGGCCGGUGUGCGGGAGGCGGCGGAGGAGGAGAGGCGCGCCGCUGUCUCCGCCGCCGACGGCUUGCGUGCGCAGCUCGAGGCUGCCAGUGCGGCAGCCGCGGCCGGUGCCGCGGGGCUGCAGGGGGCGGAGCAGGCGGCAUCGAGGGCGACCGCGGAGGCGGCGGCGGAGAAGGAGCGACGGGCAGUGGCCGACGAGACGGCGCACGCCCUCAAGGAGGAGCGCGAUAAGCUUCGCGACGAGCUGAGCUUGCUGCACGAGCGUGCGGCCAAGCUGCCGCAGCGCUUCGCCGCCGGCCUGCUCCUCGGCAAGCCGAUGCCCGAGGAGGACCCCGCCGACCUUGGCCCGCUAGAGCAGGCGAGAUAUGCGGACUCCUUUCACACACUCCCACACAAGAAGACGCUCCGGAGGACACCAGAUUGCGGAUGCCCACCUCGUGCAGUUAGGACUCUCCCUUCUGAUCCCGGCCGUCUCUCCACCGCCGCCGAGCCCGCCACCGCCCUCACCUCCGCCACCCAGCCCACCGCCGCCCUCCCCUCCGCCGCCCUCGCCGCCUCCGCCCUCGCCGCCGCCGCCUUCACCGCCGUCCCCGUCGCCGCCACCGCCAAGCCCGCCGCCGCCCUCCCCUCCGCCGCCCUCGCCGCCGCCGCCCUCGCCCCUGACCCCGGCCGUCUCGAGCAGAUUGCGGACGCCCACCUCGGCAACAUCGCCGGCCUCGCAUCGAUGGCCGUCGCCAAGCUCAGCCCCUUCGGCUGGUUCGGCGGAGGCGCCGAGGGCGGAGGUGCGGAGGAGGCGGCGGCGGCGGCGGUGCCGGUGGCGGAGACGGUGGCGGAGGCAGUACCGGAGGCGGAGGCGGUGCCGGUGCCGGUGCCGGUGGCGGAGGCGGAGGCGGAGGCGGAGGCGGAGGCUGAGGGGCGCGAAGUGGAGGGCUCGGGGGUCAGGCCUGCGGCGGGGUCGCCAGUUCCCGCGGCGGCGGCGACGCAGCAAGGGGCGAGCGAGGAGGAGAUGGUGAGAGAGCUGGUGAGUGCCAUGCCCGUGGCGACGCUCGCAGCGGCGACGCCGAGCGCGGCGACGUAG